AUGGCCAAAACGCAUGCUACCUCUGCAAGUGAGCGCAUUGAUGAGCUUGCUCAACAAAUGUCCAUUGUGCUUUCUCGCCUGGAUGAUAUAGGUCACCGGUUAGAUGAAACUGCUCUGAAUACCGUGCAUUCACCAUCACCGUCAAUGACAGACAACAACCAUCGGCCACGACUAAAGCUGGAUGUUUCCCGUUUCAACGGCGGUGACACCCAUGACAUAAAUAAAAAGGGAGGUGUUAGCUCAACAACCCAGCUCGAUGACGCAGGCAGCGGGGUUGGCUCGUCUCCACGAAGAGAAGUUCAAUGA